AUGAAAUCCUCUGACAUCGACCAGGAGUUGUUCACUGAGAGCUACUGCAAGGUGUGCAGCGCCCAGCUCAUCUCCGAGUCCCAGCGCGUGGCCCAUUACGAGAGCCGCAAACAUGCCAGCAAGGUUCGUCUCUAUUACAUGCUUCACCCCAUAGACGGAGGCUGCCCAGCGAAAAAGCUCCGCUCAGAAAACGGCAGUGACGGUGACUCAGUGGAUAAGAACAAAUGCUGCACGCUGUGUAACAUGUCCUUUACCUCAGCUGUGGUGGCUGAAUCGCAUUACCAAGGAAAAAUCCAUGCCAAAAGGUUAAAACUGUUGCUGGGUGAACAACCAGCAUUAAAAGCCACAGAGAGCACGCUGAGCUCCCUGAAGCAGCCGCACACGGGCAGCGCCCCGGUCGUGGCGGCGCCGCAGCGCCGGGACUCGGACAGGUACUGCCAGCUCUGUGCAGCCUGGUUCAACAACCCCGUGAUGGCACAGCAGCACUACGAUGGCAAAAAGCACAAGAAGAACGCAGCCAGGGCUGACCUGCUGGAGCAGCUGGGGAAGACCUUGGACCUGGGAGAGCUGAGAGGGCUGAAGCGCAGCUACACGUGCAGCACCUGCAGCGUCACCCUCAACUCCAUAGAGCAGUACCACGCACACCUGAAGGGCUCCAAACACCAGACCAAGUGGGUAUCUCUCUGCCUUUCCCCUCUGGGCUCCUGUCUGAGCCUGCCUAGAUGA